GUUAAGAGCGUUGUUAUGAUUUGGCCUUAGAUUAAGAACGAUUUAAGAGCACUAUCGAAAUAAUAACUGAAUUGAAUAAAAUAUGUUGAUAAGAACUGAAUAAUAUCAAAACUGUGAAUGUCUGAAGUGAACAUUGUGUGCAUGAUAUCAAAUGAUUUGAUUAUGAAUUUAGAUUCAGUUUAUAUGGAUGUUCGACGCAUUAGAUAUGCUUACUCAGCUUUACCGCUGAGCGUGUAGUAUGUUUUAUUUGCUACACGCAAGUAAACAGAAAGAACAAUGUGAUCCUGGUGGCAGAUGAGGCGAGAUUGUCGGGAUGGAUGUGACAAGUUUUGAAAUGAAUUAUGAUAUGUCAAUUUUUAAUUCGCUUCCGCAAUAUUGUUGAAUACUCCGUACUGUAUAUGUUAUGAAAAAUAUUAUUGUGAUAAAUAAAAGUGUUUGAAAAGUUUUAAAUUUUUAUGAUUUCCAAGUUAAUACUUUAGUCCAAAAGAAGGACCCUUGAAAAUCCAAAUGGAGAAUCCUGAGAGGAAUCCAGCAACUCCUGAUGUAAUCCAGUACAUUCCAAAGCCCAAGGAAAAAUAAGAUGAUAGAGAUUGUAAAAAGCACAAUCUGGACAACGUCGCCAAAGCAGCCAUCUUCAAGACACUUGAUCCCAUCACCUUCUCCAAAAUCAAGCAUCUCAAGACUGCCAUGGAAAUAUGGCAAGGUCUUGGGAAGCUAUGUGAGGGAUCAGAGGACUUGAGAAAGCAGAAGAUAGAUGUCCUACUUGAGAAGUUCAAAGGCUUCAAAAUGCUUCCCGGAGAAUCAUUUGAUAUGUUGGAUGAAAAGAAUGUAAGGUUGCUGAGAUCACUCCCAACUGAGUGGUACACCAAAGCCACAGCCAUGGAAGAAGGAAGAAACCUGGAAAACUACACUGUUCAAGGCCUCCUUGAUGAACUCAGAACCUAUGAGCACGAGCUGAAAAAGAAGAAGGAAGAACAAGUCACUCCCUUCCCCACAGCAUUGAUGACAACUUCAAGAAUUCCAUCAAGUGAAGGGACAUGCACAAGAAACUGUGACACACCUUCCUCCAGCCAGCCGUCAAGCUCAAAAAUGGAGAACUACGAAGAGGAAUUUGCCAUGAUGGUCAAGCAAUUCCAGAAGUUCAAGAAGUUCUUCAAGAAGGCUGAUUCAAUCAGAAGGCCAUCCAAGGGAAAGCCACAGGUAAGUGACUCCCCUCCUGAAUGUUAUUUAUGCUAUAACUGCAGGAAGCCUGGCCACUGGAAGUCAGCAUGCCCGUACCCAAAGGUGGAGAAGUACGGAGAAAGAGAAAGGAACGAGAAGAAAAAGAAACCAAUGGUUGCUGCUGAAAGUGACGAGUCAUCAAGCUCAAGCUCGGAUGAAGAAGCCCUCGUCUGCAUGGAGUGCAAAGUUGAGAAGUCCAACCAUGAGGAUAGGUGGACUAUGUCAGAAGAUGACACUCUCUACCUUAUGUCCAAAGAUGAUGCUGAUCAAGAGGUAACCUCACAAACCUCCUGCUCAUCUUCUUAUAGCACACCAACUUUUGAAAAUCUUUUUGACCAGUUCAAAAAGAUGAUGAAAGACUUUGAGGAGAUAAAUCUCAAACACACAUCCUUAACAGAAGAGAACAAACUAUUGAGUGAAGAGAAUCUCAAGUUGACUGAAAGUCGGAAAAGUCAACUGAAUGAGAUCACUCAACUCAAGACUGAAAAUGNAUAUGGAGCGAUGUCAAGGAAGCAUGUCUAAUCAGCAAAGGUGACACUAACCUUCUAUG